AUGAUCGACUGUCAUUGUCAUUUGGCUGAUAAUCAGUUCAAAUCAGAUAUAGAAGGGGUAAUUGAACGAGCGAAACAGUCAAAUGUUUUGGCGACUUUAGUUUGUUCAGAAUAUCGCCAGCAGUUCAGUAAAGUUUUUGAAUUGGCUGAAAAAUUUCCGGGCUUUUGUUUCCCAUGUCUUGGAGUUCACCCUAUCCAGAAAAUUAAGGAAGACGAUGUUUCCGUUCGCUUGGAUGAUUUCGAAUCAGUUGCGGAGAUAAUUGAUCAAAAUCAUGCAAAAAUUGCUGCUAUUGGUGAAGUUCGUUACAAUGUUGGACUCGAUUUUUCUCCUCGUUAUUUAAAAUCAGCCGAUGCAAAAGAACAACAAAUAUUAGUUUUUAAGAGCCAAAUGGAUAUGGCGUUAAAAUACGAUCUGCCAUUAAAUGUUCACAGCAGAUCGGCAGGUCGACCAGUUAUCGAAUUACUCCAGAAAUACGGAGCUCGACGAGUUUUAUUACACGCUUUUGAUGGAAAUGAGAAAAAUGCGCAACCCGCGAUUGAUGCUGGCUAUUACUUCUCUAUUCCACCAUCAUUUUCAAAUUCAGAAAAGAAGAUCAAGUUAAUCGAACGCAUUCCACUCGGUCAACUUUGCCUGGAAAGCGAUUCACCGGUUUUAGGGCCAAAAAAGGGAGAGCGUAAUGAACCGAAAAAUAUUUUUAUUAGUGCUGAAUUUAUCGCAAAUAUAAAAAAAAUUCCUCUUGAAGAUGUUAUUAAAAUUACAACUGAAAAUGCUAAAAAACUUUUCCCGUUCCUCAAACAACUGAAAUAA